AUGGAGAAGCCCAUCCCGUUCUACACCAUGCACGAGAUGGAGGCAGCCAGUCCAUCUUCCUCGCGCGAAACGCAGGAAUGGAAGAAAUCCCAUACCGAUUCGGGGGUUGAGUCCAACGACCGACUGGACCCGAGAAACUGGUCCUCGGCGCGGAAGACCCUGCUCUUUGUGUCACUGAUGAGCAGCUCGCUGCUGGCAGAUGGGGCAAUGGUUUGGGGUGGCACGCUGGUCACGGAGCAGGCCAUGGACUGGAAGAUCUCAAUUACUCAUUCGGCGACGAGUAUGAAUUAUGGCAUUCUGCUGCAGGGAUUUGGAGGCGUAUUUGCUGUGCCGCUUAUUGAGGCAUAUGGUCGCUUGCCGAUCUGGCUAUGGCCCCAAGUGAUUACCAUGUUCAUGGUGCUGGGCGCCACCCUCUCUAAUGACUGGGCUACCUUCACGGCGUUCCGCUCUUUGCAGGGUCUGUUCGGGACGGUGCCUCAGGUCAUUGGUCUUCCGAUCAUUCAUGAUAUGUAUACCUCGGCUGAAUGGCCGCGGAUGAUCAACAUUUGGGGUACCACAUUCCUGGUCGGGCCUUUCCUUGGUCCCGCGAUAGCAGGUUAUAUCGGCGCAGGGACAGACUGGCGCACUUCAUUUGGUGUUUUGACAGCCAUCUAUGGCGUGUCGACGCUCAUGGUGAUUCUCUUUGGGUAUGAGACGUACUAUGCCCCUGGGCGAAAGAUGCCCAGUCAGUCACGCCUGGCAUCUUAUUUCGGUGUUGGCAACACCAAUCUCCCCAUAGGAAAAACCUUGGUAUAUUGGUGUCGCACAGUUGUAGCUUAUGUGUUCAAGUUCCCGCUGUUGAUGACCGGUAUUGCAACCAUGGUGACCUUUACCUGGCCAAUUGGCAUCACAACCACAAUCGAUGCCUUCCUGCAUAGCCCCCCGUACUCGUUUGACACGAUCGAGGCAUCAUCGAUGCGAUUCGCAGGUGUCAUCGGAGCUUUAUGUGGUUGGGCAUGCGGCCACUUCUUCAACGGCUGGAUAUUCAAACGCCACAGCUCAUCAUGGCGAACCGAGCUGCGCCUUCAUGGCGUUUGGCUCCCCAUGGGAAGCAUGGCCUGCGGCUUAAUGACCUAUGGACUAACGAUGCACUUCGGCAAGCACUGGAUAGGAGUAGCCGUAGGCUGGGCCAUGGUGAAUAUUGGCAUGGUAGCCACCGUUGUCGCCAUCUCAUCCUAUGCAUUGGAAACAUUCCCGCAACAGGCGACUUGUGUCUCAGCCAUUUUGAACAUGUGGCGCACGUGCGGCGGAUUUGCGGUGGGAUAUUUCCAACCUGCAUGGAUUCAGCGGAAUGGGACCGGCUUGGUUUUUGGAACACAGGCUGCUAUCCUUUGUACUGCUGUUGUGUUGACUAUCACUCCCGUAUUGGUGUGGGAGCGGAGAAGGUCGCGAAUGGCUACCGAGGCCAAUGCUGGUCCUUGA